AUGCUAUCGUCCGCUGUGGCUUCUUUCGAAGACUGGCAGGCCGUUGAAGCCCUGCGCGUGGACGCGUGCUACACGGACGUCGAGGAGAUCCUUUCGUUCCUCAUACCAGGUCGCUCGCCGCAGCAGGCGCUACCUGGUCAUCAAGCCCCCAAUUUUCUCCACUAUUGUCUCCCCAUCUACGUGCCUUACCCGAGCUUCAAAGACCAGGACGGCGGACGUCUGUGGAGCAAGUACUGGUUCGACUGGGGCGUGGAGAGAGGCAGGCCGCAUGCGCUGGAGCGGUGCAAUGACACUGCGAACGCACCCAUGGUUGGUCCAUACCCAGCGCUGAAAUGGUUCAAGACGUCAUCUCCAAGGCGGGCGCAGCCAAACCAGUCGAUGCCGAUCACCGAGCUGCGGAACCGGUUCCUGGGGUGCGUUGCAAAGGGUAUAUUUAGGAAAGCGGUCCAGGCUUUGUGCCCUGGGCAACCAAUGGCUAGAGACGUCAUGGAGUCGACGGACCCCCUGGACGAGUGA